UCUCAUCCGCCAUUUUGAUUUCGUAAUUCUCCGGUUAAUGGCGGCCGGUACCGACGCUAUAGCCUGAUAAAAUCUUUUUUAUCAAUCGGUGUUAAAUUUGACGCGGCGUCGGUUUUCACUAUAUUUACAAACUGUAUUAUAUUUAUUUAUUAGAGCGGGUGUUAUUACAUAAUCAGAUUAGCGUGUUAAGCGCCAAUCUACACAAUCAUGGAUGGACCGCCAAAUCGUGGAUUUCUUGGUGGUGGUCGUGGAGGUCCUCCAGGCCCGCAUAUGAGAAGAGGAAGAGGAGGAUUUGACAUGCGUGGACGCGGAGGACCAGGCAUGAGAGGUAGGGGCGGCCCACCACGCGGUGGUAUGCCUUAUAUGCGCGGUGGGCCUCGUGGAUUUCGUGGCGUCCCUAUGAGAGGUGGAGGCGGUGACAGGGGAGGACGCAGUUUUCCCCCUGGACCUCAGGGUCCUGGACCCCAUCCAGUGCCCACAAUAGAAUCUCGUGGAGCACCACCUCAACGUGGUGCAUUCAACAAUCGAGGUGGACCUGGUGCCAUGAGGGGUCGGGGUGGCAGAGGAAGAGGAGACUUUGGUCAGCGUGGGGAUAGAGGAGGCGGCCGCGGUGGCAUGCCCAUGAGAGGACGUGGCGGUCGCGGCGGCCAUGGAAUGCCCCCAAAUGGUCCUCCCGGAGGUAUGCACCCAGGUGCAGGCCCAACUGGAAACCGACCACCACCAUCUCAUGCUGCGUCAUCUGCACCUCCUGUACAGACCCAAUCUCAACCUUCAUUCAAAAGAGGUGGUGGCCCACAACACAGCAAUGCUGGAGGACCACCAAAGAGGCCAAGAUUUGAUGGUCCUCGUGGUGGUGGUGGAAGGCUUCCUCCAACUGGUGGUUAUCAACAAGCAGCCCCUCAACACAACACACCACAGCAAGCAAAUGGCUAUGGACCAUCACACACUGGAUAUCAACCUUAUGAACCUCCUGCAGGAGAUCCAUAUAUCCAACCAUCAUACAACACACCCAGCUCAUAUCAAGGCAAUAGCUACUCAACUCCAGCUCCAGCCCAAACAAGCUCUGGUUACAAUUCUGGCAACUAUGGUGGCUCUGGAUAUGGUUAUUCAACAGGUGGCCAAGGAGGUUACGAAAAUGAAGGAUACAGCGGUGGCGGCGCUGGCGGCGCUGGCGACGCCGGCUAUGGCGGCGCUGAGCCCGCUUACGGGGGAGCGGCGCCUACCUAUGACUCGUACUCACAGCCGUCGUACAACUCAUACCAGCAGCCACAGCCCCAGUAUAACAAUAACUAUGGCAGUUGGUGAUCUGUUUGACUAUACAGAAUAUCAUUUACGUCUUUAUGGUACACAUUCAAAAUAAAGUAUCUGGAUCAAAUUUAUGAAGCUAUCGGAUAAACCCAUAUACAAAUGCAGUUUGCGAUGUAUAUACAUCACGAUUCUGUUAGGUGAGAGUUUGGAAAGAAAGAUAAAUAUAAUGUAAAUGACUGAAUGAGACCAUUGAGAAGUGACAAUAAUAAAGAUAGAUUAUGUUUUUUUAACUUAAUGAAAUAGUAAUUUAGAUGAUUAAAAUGUAAGUUAUAAUUUUACCAUGACCAUAAAUAAAGUAAUGAAUUAUAAUAUUCCUCAUUCACCAAACAUUUAAUUGUAGUAACUUCUACUUUGGCUCAUUUUUUUGUAAAAAUGGUAAAAGUACCAUGAUGUUUUAGAUUUAAGGACUCAAUUCACAAUAAAAACAUAAAAUAUUACAUAA